UUAUUUCAACGAUUGUUGAUAUUGUUCAGUGUUCAAUUAUUAUUUUAACGUCUUAUUUGCUAUGGAAAUACUACAUGCUAGUUCAAGUGUUUUACCUAGCCCUGCUGGGAAAGGACGUAAGAAAGAACGUCAGCCAGAAAACUAUAAAAGAAAUGUUGCCAAGCGUAUGCGACAUUUACCACAGACUCUGGCAACGUAUCCGACCUGCAAGCAUGAUGGUCGACCAGGACAACCUUAUUAUUGCACGACACUAACGAUGGCGCAGGUCAAGGAGUGUCACGCGUACUUGUACGAAUCUAAAGACAAGAUAGAACAAGAUAGGCGAAUACUGGCUUGCUGCACGGGAAACAAACCCAAAAGAGGUAAAACAGACCACGCUCAGGUUUCUAUACAAUACAAUAUCCGUUUGAAGGAUGGGCACUUGAUAAGGGUAUGCCGAAAUGCCUUUUUGGAAAUAUCAAAUUUUAGUAAAGAUAGAAUUCAAAGGGUAAUGCGAAAUUUUGUGCUUUUCGGGGCUCUUCCAAAGGAACGCAGAGGUGGCGAUCGAGUAGGUGUAAAAAAUAUUGACAAGCAAAAAAGCAUAAAGCAAUUCAUUGAAUCAAUUCAGUGUGUUGAAUCGCACUAUUGCCGAAGCAAGUCAAGUGUCCGGAUGUAUUUACCUUGUGACCUUUCUUUUAAAAAGCUCUACAAUCAAUAUCUGGCAAAAACCCCGGAAGGUAUGCAUGUAAAAAUAAGUUAUUUCAGAAAAUAUGUAAAUGCUAAUUACAAUAUUGCAUUUGGGACCCCACAGACUGACUGUUGUUCUUUCUGCCUGAGGACGAAAGAACAGAUUAAAUCAAUGACAUCCGCGAGUGGUAGGCAUCAAUUAAUUGUGGAACAUCGCAUCCACGUAUUGAAGGCAAAAACCUUUUUCAAAUUACUUAAAUACACUAAACCAACAACAGUUACCUUUUCUUUUGAUUGUCAAAAGAAUCUGGCCUUACCACGGUUGCCUGACCAAUCUGCCUACUUUAGACAGCAAAUUAAUUACCAUAAUUUCACAGUCCAACAUUUUUAG